AAACAAAAAUGAGCGAAAGAAAGAAAAACAAAAAAUCGAAGGAAGAGAUUGCCAAGGAGUUUGAUUUGCCCGAACGUAAAUCGAAAAUAGCCACCAUCAUGAAACAGGAUGGCCAGGCGUAUUGCAUAUGCAGGACCUCGGAUUGCAGUCGAUUUAUGAUUUGUUGUGAUGGCUGUGAGGAAUGGUAUCAUGGUGAUUGUAUUAACAUCACGGAAAAGGAGGCCAAACACAUAAAACAUUAUUACUGCCAACGCUGCAAGGAGGAGGAUCCCUCCUUGCAAACGGUGUUCCGUGUGGUACCCGUGGAGAAAACCUCAAAUCCCAUGGGCGCAGCAGCAGCAGUUGCGCCGUUGGAAACGGAGAAACGCAAAAAAUCCAAAGAUUUAACGGCUAACAAUGAGUUGGCUGGUAGUGGUGGAGGUGCUGGUGGCACUGGAGGGGGGAAAACAAAUACCAAGGUGAACCUUUGUGGCACCUGUGAGGGUUGCCGCACACCCAAUUGCAAUGUUUGUGAGGCUUGCCGUAUACGGGUGGGCCACAAGCCACGUUGUGAGAAACGGGUUUGCUUGGUGCAAUUGCAGGCGGAGUUAACGGGCCAAGUUCCAGCACCACGCCCCACCAAGGAAAGAAAAAAGGCAAAACCCAACAAAGAACGCCAAAGGAAACGUAAACGUUCCCUCACCCCCGAAACAUUCAACAACCCCGAACUGGAAGGUAUACGCCAAUGUUAUGGCCCAGGCUGUAGACGUAAUGCUCGACCCCAAUCGAAAUAUUGCAACGAUGAGUGUGGUUUGAAUUUGGCCACGGCAAGGAUUUUCCAAGUUUUACCACAGCGGGUCCAGGAGUGGAAUCUGACCCGAUGUCGAGCCGAGGAGGAGAAUAAAAAACAGCUCGAUCAAAUACGUUCCAAGCAGUCGUUGGUACGUUUCGCCCUCGCCGAGUUGGAUAAACGCCACCAGGAGCUGGAUAUGGUUGUGGAGCGGGCCAAACACAGUACCCUUGAUCCCAACCUUAAGGAACACAACGACAUCGAAGACGAACAGUCAAUGUAUUGUAUCACCUGUGGCCAUGAGAUUCACUCACGCACCGCCAUAAAACACAUGGAGAAAUGUUUCAACAAGUACGAAUCUCAGGCUUCGUUUGGUAGCAUCUUUAAGACCCGCAUCGAAGGCCAAUCGAUGUUUUGCGACUUCUAUAAUCCGGCAAGCAAGACAUAUUGCAAGCGACUGAAAGUUUUGUGUCCGGAACAUUGUAAAGAUCCCAAAGUUAGUGAUACGGAUGUGUGCGGCUGUCCGCUGGUGUCCAAUGUCUUCACGCCGACGGGAGAAUUUUGUAGGGCACCGAAGAAAAGUUGCUACAAACACUAUGUAUGGGAGAAAAUACGUCGUGCAGAAAUCGAUUUGGAACGUGUACGACAAUGGUUGAAGAUGGAUGAGCUGCUGGAACAGGAAAGGCAAAUUCGGCAUCAAAUGGCCUCAAGGGCUGGUGUGUUGGGUCUUAUGUUACACUCCACCUACAAUCAUGAGGUGAUGGAGGAGCUAUGCCGGCAACAACAGCAACAAUUGGCGGCCGCCCAACAACAAAAACAAUUGCUGGAAAAACAACAGGAAAUGCAUAUCAUACAGCAGUAA